AGAUCUAAGAUGUAAUGUGGAAUUUGAUGUAUCAGUAUGGUUUUGUGUUUUUGUGUUAAUAGUGUAUUGAUUGCUGUACAUAUUCUAUUUACGUAUUCAUCCAUGUUACGUGCAUACCUCAAUGUCAUCAACUGUGGGUCGACCUCGUUGAAAGUUUUCCAUGAAAACAUCCAGUGCUAUAUAUAUGUAUAUCUUAUCAAGAUGUAACUUAUGAUUUAUUUUUUUACCUUUCGGAAUUUGACUUCUUUGUUAAAUUUGAGAACAAGUCAAAAUGAGCAUUGAUUGCUUAUCUAUUCUGCUGAAUAAUUACAAUAAAUCUACAUUCAAAGUGGAGUUUGUUGCUGGUGUUUGCAAUUUUGUUUCCAAGAAAUCUAUUUCUUGAUCAAGGUGUAAAUAUGAAAAGCUUGAAUUUAAACUGUACACAUUAUUUCAAUAAAUUGAAAUGAUAUAGUUAUAAUUCUACAAACUAAAUAUAAUGUGAGGUAAAAGUGUAAAAAUUGGAAUCACUAUAUUCUUUUAACAUGACCUCCGUAUUUCCUAAAACCUAGUUUAAAUGAUUUCGUGUCUACAUUUUCGUAUUAUCCAUUUGGCGCGCGUGUUUUGGGUCGGAUGAAGAGGGUUGGAUGAAGAGGGUUGGAUGAAGAGGGUUGUUCUGUAUUUUCAGCUGAGCCACAUUCUAUCGUUGCAGUUUGCAGCCUCAGUGUUCCUUUAUGGGAGGAGCGGCGCGACUUCCCCACUUCUGCCCCCACUAUGUAGGCUACUUUUUUUUUUUUUUUUACAUCCCUGCUUACGUUUGGCUGGCAUAGCCUAAUUUCCGCAUUCCCAAAUCCUCCCCGAUUGGGAUCACGUUUAAAAAUCGGUCUGAUGCAACGAUUUCCACUUUUUAAAAUCUACUCUCGACCCUCGGCUGACCAGAAGAAAGGACAUUUGUUGCACCUGGGAUCAAAGUCAGCUGUGGUCACGACCGAGUCUGACGCGAUGCCAGGACGAAUCCCAGAUCCCUCUGUGACAGCAGGCUCACUGCCCAGCCUGGGUCCACUGGCUGGGAUCUCAGCCACCACGCUGACUGACGAGCUCAAAUUUUGUGACUUCCAGGAAUUUGGCACAAUGCUGUCACCUCUGCACUUCCUGGACGGUCUGGGGAAGAGGCCCCGAGUGAUCAAAACAGAGAGAGAUGAAGAGGACGACAGGAGGAAACGAAGGCGAGAGAAAAACAAAGUGGCUGCGGCUCGAUGUCGAAACAAAAAGAAGGAGAGAACAGAUUAUCUACAAAUGGAAUCAGAGAAACUCGAGAUGUUAAACUCUGACCUUAAAGCCCAGAUUGAGGAGCUGAAGCUCGAACGACAGCAACUGAUCCUCAUGCUUAACCGGCAUCGCCCCACAUGUAUUGUCCGGACAGACAGCGUCAAAACCCCGGAGAGCGAGGUGGACCCCCUGCUGCAGCAGCUGGAGGCCAAGUGAAGGUGCGACGACUUUGUACAAUUGAGAAGAAGCAGCCAACCAGCAGCACUUAAGAGUUGGAGGAGAUCCAGCCAAGUCCUCCUCCCACCUUAACUCAGAGCGUUUCCACAAAAUGUGGAUCCAAUAACAAUGAACACUGUUUAUUUCAGUUAAAUCACAUAUUCUUUGUGUUUGUCUCUCUUGCUCUCCCAGUUACUGGUCAUUGUGGUCACCAGAGCUCCAGCCACUGUCAGUAUGAAGUUAAACCAAAAAACACAACACAGAUAUUGGCACAUUACUUUACCUUCUAUACAUUCAGCUUGUUGUUUUAUAGUAGAUUUGUACUAUAUGUCUUCUUAGCUUUAGCCAGCGCUUCAAUAUAUUUCCAGCAUCUAAACUUUUCCACCAUUGAAAACAGUUUCAACUCAGCAAUUCAUUUGGUGAUUUACAAAUGAACAAUUGUAUUUUGCCUUUGUUAAAAUGUAUUCUAUGAAUCAUAGGAAUUUGAACUGAAAUGCAGCUAUAGAGGAGAGCAAAUAGGUAGGCUUAAUAGAUACAUGUAGUUUAAUUUGCUCACUUAAUUAAGAAAAUAGUAAAUUCUAUAUUUUUCAAUACUUACACCCUCACACAGCCAGAAGCUUUUUUACUACAUAAUGGCCGUCAUGAUUCAUGGUCAUUUUUCUUCUUUCAUUCAUCUGGUGGCUGAGCGGUUGAUCCCUUUUUUCCUUUGGUUUUGGCGCAGGCGUCAUGUAUGCACAUAUAUAUGUAUCUAUAUCUAUAUAUAUAUGUAUGUGGACUGUUUACAUUGUACUUUAUUUUCUGUUAGCAUAUUGUUACUACCAAUUAUGUUUUUUUUAUACUUUUGUAUAUGAUGUUAUAUAAGCAUAUAAGCUAUCACAAAAUCCCAUUUUGUAUUUCCUUAAGAAAUAAAUAUUUAGUUUUUGUUUUUUUACUGGAUUUAUUUGAGUCCUACAAAAUUGAAAACAUGUCCACCAUAGCAUGUUUCAUGACCAAACGUUCCGGUCAACGGUGCCAUCUGGUGGCUAGUAGCAUCACAACCUGAUUAACCCCGUACAUCUACAUUUUUAAUUCCACAUAUUUGUUAUAGUUUCAUGCAGCAACUUCUGAACUAUUUCAACCAUUUGAUCUAUUGUAGCUAUUCAGUAACAGUAUCCCACUUUACCCUCAAGGUUUGGCUAAUUUCUGUCAGUGAGGUUUUCAGGGAUCCUGCAGAGGGGAAGCUUUGUUUCAGCUGUGGGUAAUUCCAUACAAAUUAUAACAGUGAAAAAGAUGGGAGAAUUUACUGUUUGUGUCAUGAAGCAUAAAAACAUAUUUUAUGUUUAACCAUAUUCCCUUCACUUCAUGUGUGAUUCUGCAUUAAGUCACCAAACUAUUCAAAUGCCUUUACUUUUGUGUUUUUUAAAUCCAUUUGCUGUGUUUAGAUUUUAUAUUUAAUUCACAUUUGAUCUGUUAUGAUGAAAGUACAAUUACAACACAGGCUAGGUACUUACAGGAAAACACAAAGUUAGUAACAAGGCACACAUUGUUCUCUCCCUGGAGGAGGGACUAUAGGAUUACAGGCAAACAUUGGGACAAACAAAGGUUAACCUACCAUAAGUAUCUAUAUGGAGUUAGUUUAUUUCACAUUGUU